AUGGAAGUGAAUACAAGGAGCAAAAAACCUGUGCAAGUUGAGGACAAUGAUGGUGAAUCUGAUCCAUGGCCUUCUGAGGAUAGUGAAGAUGAUGACUAUGAAUUUUCAGAAGCUGAGGAUGAUUUGGAUAUGGAAUUGAACCUUGAUGAUGAGUAUAUUGUGGAAGAAGAAGACCUAGCUGAUAAUAUACAAGAGAAGACUUUUGAAGACUACCUGGAUGGGACUCAUGUUUUAGACAAGAUGUACAAAAAUGGCAAGGUCUGGUCUAACUUACCAUUUGGGUCAAUUCAACUUGAACCUUGGUUAAUAUUUGAAACCAAGGAACAAUUUCAUGAUGUCUUCAGAGAUUUUUGCAUACAAGAAGGCUUUGCUGUGACAGUAGACUAUGCUGACAAUCAUAGAUAUACUGCAAGGUGUCUGAUCAAUGAUUGCAGUUGGAGGAUUCAUGCAGCAGUCCUUGUUGAUAAAAUCAGCUGGGCAAUAAAGAUACUGGAAGGGGAACAUAAAACUUGUGGGAGGCUGGAAGAGAAUCCUAUGGUGUCUUCAGCAUGGCUUUGUAGACAUUUGAGGCUAGAUCUGGAAGCAAACCCAGAUAUCCCUGUUGAUGCACUGCAAAGGAUGUUCCUGGAGAGGUUUAGGAUCCAAGUAAAGUCCAAGCUGUUUUACAAAGUGAAGUGUUUGGCCAGGGAACAAAUUCAUGGUGGUUUUGCCCAGUCCUAUGCUCUGUUACCAAAAUAUGCUGAGAUGAUAAAGGCCACCAAUCCUGGCUCAUAUGCCCUCAUUACUUGGACUGACAGUGGGGGCAAUGGUGAAAAGUUCAAGGCAUGUUUCAUCUCUUUUGCAGCUCAAGUGAAAGGGUUUUUGGGUGGCUGCAGACCCAUUAUAGGGAUUGAUGGUGCCCAUCUCAGUGGCUAUUACAAAGGAGUCAUGCUCACUGCAGUGUCCAUUGAUGCCAAUAAUGAGAUUUUUGUGAUAGCUUAUGGUCUGGUUGAUACAGAGAGUAUAGACAGCUGGACUUACUUUUUCAUAAACCUAAGGAUCUUAUUUGCACAAUAUGGAUCUGAAAGGGAUGACUGGACUUUUAUAAGUGACAGGAUGAGGGGUGUUGAAUCAGCCCUUUUUGAGGUAUUCCCAAGAGUAACUAGGAGGGUAUGCUGUCAGCAUGUGUACUCUAACUGCAAAAAAGCUGGGUGGAGUGGGACAGAGUUUCAUAAACUCUUUUGGAUUGCAGCCAAUGCAUACAAUGCAUAUGUGUAUGACAAGGCAAUGUCAAAGAUCAAGAAAUAUGAUGCAGCAGCAUUGGAUUACCUUAUAGCUACUGAAGAGCAAUGGAGUAGACUUCAAGCUACAGAUUAUGUGUCACCAUACUUCAAGGGAGCUGCUUACAAGCUGAAUUAUGGAGACCACAUCCAUCCCAUGUCAGAUCCAAGUCAGUGGCCAGCAUUUGAUGUGUCUGAAAUAGCACCACCAACUGUCAAAAGAGCUGCAGGCAGACCAGCUAAGAAGAGAAGGAGAGCAUCUCAUGAAGCAAGAAAAGGAAAGAGGCACAAGAACAACAAGUGCAGUCUUUGCAAGGAGUUGGGACACAAUGCAAAAACCUGUAAGGCAAGAAAGGAAGCAGCAAAACAAGCAGAAAAUGCAGCAUCCAGUUCACAGCAACGCAAAGGAAGAGGGAGGAAGAGAAAGGCUGACAGUUAG